UUUCAGGCCAACUUGAACACCGUCUUCUUCUGCCCAUGUUUCAGCGGCGUUCAUUAGAUAACAAAACAUGCAAUUGUUCCAGUAGUUCCCAUUAAACGUUCAAGAUGCACAAGCUCGUAUGCGCCGCUUUGCUCCCCGUCCUCCUCAUCCUCUGGUGGUCCAAGCCUGCGAUCUCUUCCGCCUCCGGCGGUCCUCGUUACAGGUCCAUCUUCAGCUUUGGCGACUCCUUCGCCGACACGGGCAACAACCCCGCCGUCUUCGGAUGGUAUUCCGUCUUCGACCCCGUCACGCGGCCUCCCUAUGGCACCAGCUUCUUCGGCCGCCCCACCGGUCGCAACGGCGACGGACGGCUCAUCAUCGACUUCAUCGCUGAAAACCUGGGCCUGCCGUAUGUGCCGCCGACCCUGGCGCACAACGGCAGCUUCCGCCGAGGUGCCAACUUCGCCGUCGGAGCCGCCACCGCCCUCGACGCCGGUUUCUUCCACGAAAGAGACAUCCCCGGUGGCGCCAGCAAGUUCCCCCUCAACACCAGCCUAGGCGUGCAGCUCGAGUGGUUCGAGUCCAUGAAGCCUACAUUGUGCCGCACAGCUCGAGAGUGCAAGAAAUUCUUCAGCAGAUCCCUCUUCUUGGUGGGCGAGUUCGGAGUCAACGACUAUCACUUCUCUUUCCAACGGAAAACCGUGCAGGAAGUCAGGUCCUUCGUUCCACAUGUCAUCGCCACCAUCUCCAUCGCCAUCGAGAGGUUGAUCAAGCACGGAGCAAGGAGCCUCGUGGUUCCCGGCGUGAUCCCGUCGGGAUGCUCACCGCCUAUCCUGACCAAGUUUACGAACGCCCCACCGGCAGCAUACAACUCCGAAACCGGCUGUCUGACAGCGCACAACGAGCUCGGGCUGCACCACAACACACUCCUGCAGGCGGAGCUGGACAGGCUCCAGGCGAAGCACCGCAAUGUCAGGAUCAUGUACGCCGAUUUCUUCGGCCCAAUCAUGGAGAUGGUGGAGUCGCCGCACAAGUUCGGUUUUGAAGAGGACGUGCUUAUGGUGUGCUGUGGAGGGCCUGGAAGGUACGGACUGAACUCGACGGUUCCAUGCGGCGAUGCAGCCGCGACGACGUGCCCAUAUCCGUCUUCUCGGCUGUACUGGGACGGCGUCCACCUGACGGAGGCGGCUAACCGGCACGUUGCCGAUGUCUGGCUGGGCGAGAUCAACUCGUUCACAGGAGUCAGCCGCAAGCAGGGUACAAAGGGGCCAUGUCGACUGGGCCGUCACAAAAUAUAGGGGAGGAAACGGUGAUGAACUAAGUGAGCCGAAAUAUAAUUGAAUUUGUCCGGAUGAUAGUUUGAUACACGGCGUCCCCAUGUAAUUUGUGAUGCGAAGGGAUGAAGCUGCAGUGUCGAUCAGCUCCGUGUUACGUUUCUUUCACUGACAUUUAUUUUUUGCAAAAUAUAUGAUCAGUUUCAUGUUUGUGUUUAGGAAA